AUGCCUCAACCGUCGUCGUCAUCAACCAAACCCAUCCGACCCUCCAACUGGCUUCCAGAACACGACGCCUUCAUCCGCCGCCACGCCCGACACGGCGAAGACGCCACCACCAUCGUCAUCCUCUUCGAGACUGAGUAUUCCGCCGUCCGGGUCGUCAUCCUCUUCGAGACUGAGUAUUGA